AUGGAUGAAAGUUACCGUUCUGAAGGAUUCCAGUUAAAUAUUGAUCUGAUCAAUUGCUUGCUUCUCGGCCAGUUUCUUUACAGGAAUGGCUUAAAUAUCGCAACAGAUCUUAGGAUAUUCAGCGCAAAGCUUCACAUAAAUGCAGUUUUCCAAAUUAAUAUGAUGCAUCGUUACAAAAAGGCAAAUUACCGAUAUAACAACAGCAUUGGAGGUUCAGCUAGCGAAGCAAUAAUGCUUGACUCACUCCGGAGUGAAAAACCGGAUUGUUGUUGGGAUGUAAACAAAUCCCCGAGGCGAAAAUUUCGAGAUUGAAUUGAUUUCUUGACGGUGGCAGAUCUAGCAUGGGAUGGAAGCAACCGAGUUAUUUAUGAAAAUAUGUGGAGAUGAAUACUAAAAUUAUUAUUACUCAUGGUGAACUAGGGAAAUUACUAGGCAACACAAGAAGAAAUUGUCCAUAUCAAGUUCCCAAAUUGUUCAGUGACAUGGAAGAUGCUGACUACUAUAUACAGGCAGCCAAACGACUACAGAAGGAAAACAACGGAUACAAAUUAAAAAUUAUAGUUAUUCCGUGGUAUUCAUGUGUUAUGUUUGUUAUUUCAAAUAAACAUGAUAAUAGG